AUGGGUUCAAGCAUGGUCUCCGGUCUCCGUGACGGCACAAUCCUCAUAACUGUUCACGCCAUGUCGCAGUCGUUCUCGGGGGGUCUCGUCUACGAGUACUCACAGGAAAGCAACAACUACGGGCUGGUCCAGCUCAACACCAACGGGACCGCCACCCUCCGCAUCGACUACGAGAACCUCAGGAUUCGGUACACCAAGCUCGAAAUGAAGAAAGUCCAGACGGUGAAGCACUCCCAGACCUCCGUGAGGUCGCCUCCCUGUAAGUCUGGUCUCAUCGAGAACUCGAAAUCGAACUCCUUCCUCGAUACCUUCGACCUCCCGUCCCGUCCACUCAAGGUCCAAGACAUGAUCGACCACGGCUUGGAGGGCUCCAGAACCGGCCAACUCGUGGACGUCUUCUCGAUUACAACCCCCCAGACCGUGUACGACCACACCGGCAAGGAAUUACCCGGGAUUCGAUUGAAAGUGCUUGCGAGCAGCGGUUCGAAUGCCCCGGGUGAGAACACUUCCGGGAGCUCUUCUUUCUCGUCGUCUUCCCCACACAGCGCAAGGAGCAACCGUGGUGGCAGCGGCAGCGGCAGUUCCAAUGGCAAGAGCAGUGCCAUCUCUGUGUCUUUGUCUGUUUCGUUCGUGGGGUUGGCUACCGUGGUGCUCUUCUGUUGA